UGAUGGAAUUGAUCCUCUGCUCUUCAGAGAGAGAGACGUCAUCUUUGCUUUAAAUUGAGUGUUCCCUUUCCUACUGGAUAGUGGGAAGUAUUAUUGCAAGUUCAUGAAUUUCCAUGAUACUGUUCAUCACUUUGUGUCAGUAAAAGGCCUAAUGAAAAAGGAAAAGACAGCAGAGGUUUUCUGACAGUUUGGUGUGCUGGCUUUUCUGAGCUACGUAUGCUGAUAUGCUAAAUAUAUUUUUUGGAGCAAUGUAAAGUUGAGACCUCAUGAAAUUCAGUAAAACCUUGAUUGACCAAAAUCUUCAGAGAAUAAUUUUUUGUUUAAACAAUUUAAUUGAUUUUUUUAAAAAGUUGAUUGAGUACCAAGCUGAAGUCUCUUGUUCAAGUUCUUAUUCUAAAAUCCACUGCUUUCCUGCUUCUUAAUUUCCUGAAUAUAACUGAAUCUUCAUUUGCUGACUGAGAGUGUUGAAUUUAUCCCAUGUAAGUUUACCUUGAGCAGUGCUCUGUAUAAGAAAGUUAUACUGUGGUGAUCACACUAAACUUUGGAUAUACUUUCUAUUUAUUAAAUUGGGUAAGGCAUCUUGUUUUCUUAUACUUUUUUUCCCUAAGUUUGAGAAAUCUAAAGUUAAUUGCCACCUCUAGGUUACAUUUUAUUAUGUAUAAAUACAAUUUGUUAUGUGUGUUACCUUAAGUAUUUUGCUGUCAAUUGUUGUAACAUAUACUAUUUAAGUUGUGUGGUUAAAGUACUUUGUUUUUUUUCUUAAUAUUUUUAUUGAAGUAUAGUCAGUUUACAAUGUUGUGUCAAUUUCUGGUGUACAGCGUAGUGCUUCAGUCAUAUAGGAACAUACAUAUAUUCAUUUUCAUAUUCUUUUUCACUGUAAGUUACUACAAGAUAUUGAAUAUAGUUCCCUGUGCUAUACAGUAUAUUAAAGUACUUUAAAUGUCUUUUGAUUAAACAUUGGCUACAUAAGAUAGGCUCAGAUUAUUUAGCAAAAACAAUGCACUAAAACAUAGUAGCCAAGGUACAAUAUUGAAAACAUAAGCACAGAGAACAGGUGUAUGUGUAGGUGGAUUGAAAUAGGAGGGGUGUUUUCAGGAUAGAUUGAUAAAAGCCUCUAAAGAAUACUGUCAGUUCUAGUGCUGACAUCUAAAGGUUACCAGUGACCUAAUUACCAACACCUGUGGUCUCUCCUGUAUUCAGCCAUUUGCUCUAACUUAGGUUAUUUCCAUUUUGUAAAUGGUUCUUAAAAAAAAAAAAGAAAAGCAUCUCUGUUUAAAACUCUUCUUUGAUAGAUAAAAUGUGGAAUAUACAUACAAUGGAAUAUUAUUCAGCCUUAAAAAGGAAAGAAAUUCUGACACAUGAGGCAACAUGGAUGAACCUUGAGGACAUUAUGCUCAGUGAAGUAAACCAGUCACAAAAGAACAAAUACUGUAUGAUUCCUCUUAUAUGAGGUACUGAAUAGUCAAAUCCAUGGAGACAGAAGUAGUAGGGUGGUCACUAGGAGCUGGGGGAGGAGGAAUGGGGGCACUGUUGUUUAACGGGUGUUGAGUCUUAGUUUUGCAAGAUGAAAAGAGUUCUGGAGACUGGGUGCACGACAGUGAGAAUGCAUUUCACACUACUGAACUGUAGACGUAGAAAUGGUUAAGAUGAUAAACUUUGUUAUGUGUAUUUAAUACAACUUUUUUAAAAAGUUUGGAAAUUGCUAGUUUUGACAAUAGUUAGCAUUAUAUGCUUUAUCUUCCAUAUUCUCUAUUAGGAAUCAGGAAUUGUAUAUGUUAGGAAGCUGAGGGAUUGAAAUAUGAAAUCCUGUACUCAUGAUUAAUUCAUGCACAUAGUUUUUAAAAGACUCCCUUGGUCCUAUAUUCGUCUCCAGCUCCCAUUCUCUCUCCUGUCCCUUGUGGUCAGUCAGUGUUGAUUAGAAGUGGUAGCAGCUUUGUAUUAGUUCCUUGUCAUUUCACCUGGUCUGUCCUGUCUCCUUCACCAGACACAGUGGUGGCUUCCUGAAGGCAGGGAACAUGUUUUGGGACUCCUCUAGAUUCUCUGUCUCAGCUCAGUAUCAUGCCUUCUGAAAAUGCUCCAUCUUUGAUUAAUACCGUUGAUGGGUGAAAUUGUGUAUUUUCAACACAUUUCUUUAUAUUCUUUUCUUACAACAAUUGUUUAUUGAAUUGUAGUGGGAGGUGAAUAAAAUAUAAUGUGUGCCUUCAAGGAGCUUAAAAUUUAACUGUACUUACUUUUUACUCUCCCACCCCAUCUUUACCAUUUCUAAGAAUUCAGUAUAGUUCUAAUAAGGAAGAUUAAUUUUCUAUGUAGGUAACUAUAGGGAUGCUGGAGUGAAAAAUAGUAGGUAACUAUAGGGAUGCUGGAGUGAAAAAUAUACUAAGGCAUAAAAUGCCAACCACUUCACAAUGCACUUUGCAUAUUUCUUAUGGACAUGGCUGGUUUUCUGUAGGAAAGUUGCAGGAGAUUAGAGUGGAAUGAUGAGUUGGGGCAAUACAGUGGAAUGCCUUGACUGUUAGAAGAGCAUGAGUUAUUAAGAGGCUGGUGAGAAGCAGAGGACUGAUCAGAGCUGGGUUUUUAAGAAUGCUAAUCUGGUUGCUCUGUGGACCUGGAGAAAGAGCUCAGUGGAGGCAAGGAACAGUAAGGAGCCUAGUACGGAUGCACAGAUAAAAGGUAACGAGAGCUUGCUCAGAAGGUGGCAAAAGACAUAACAUGGGGAAAGGCACUGUGGAGGAAAAACCCAGCGUGCCUUGGUCAUUAAAGGUAAUUGGAUGGAGGGAGAAACUAAAGAUAACUGUAAUGGGCUUUGUCACAUUGAACACAAAUAGGAAAUAAGGAGUGGUUUGAGGGAGGAAAAUGAUGACUUUUGCCUUGGAUGUUUUAUUAAUUAUCCAGUGCUGUGUAACAAAUUAUCAUAGAAUUUAGCAGCUUAAAACAACAAACGUAUUAUCUCACACAGUUUUUGAGAGGAAUCCAGAAGCAGCUGAGCUGGAUGGUUCUGGCAAAGGCCUUCUCAUGAGGUUGAGGUCAAGAUGUCAGCCAAGGCUACAGUCAUCUGAAGACUAGACUAGAACUGGAGGAUCGGUUUCCAGAAUGUCUCACUCACUGUAGUUCCUUGCUGGCUGUUGGCAGGAGGCCAACAUAAGGCUACUUGAGUGUCUUCACAAAUGGCAGCUAACUUUCCCCAGAGUGAGUAGUCCUAGAGAGCAAGCCAGGGGGAGGCUGCAGUGCCUUUUAUAACCUAGAUGUGGAAGUCGAUGCCAUCCCUUCUGCCAUAGUUUAUUCAUUAGAAGAGAGUCACUAAAUCUAGCUUAUACUCAAGGGGGAGGUUAGGCACCACCGUUUGUAGGGAAGAGUGUGGAAGAAUUUGUGGAUUUUUUUUUAAAACCACCAUAGGUAUAUUGUGUUUUGAGGACAAAGGAAGGGAGCAUUUAAAUGAUGUGAGGAAUAAGGAAUCAGGAGCUUUCGGGAGUCAAGUCACCUAUGCAUGGAAGUAGAUGACUGCUGGAGCUGAAAAUAUUGAAGACUGAGAAUUUCUUUAGGCAAGUUUCUUAAUGAUCUCUCUCAACCAGUCUCAUUAUUAAUGGUUAUUGUUCCCUUUCCCAGAUUAUAUUAUUCCAGUUAUUUUAACUUUUAAAAAAAGACUUCCAUUUUUAAGUUCUUUGUUUUAUUCUCCCAAGGUUAUCGUGAAAAAUUUCAAGGUUACAGAAAAGUUGAAAGACUAGUAUAAUGAAUAUCCAUAUGUUCCUACCACCUAGAUUUGGUAAAUGUUAACAUUUUGACUUAUUUGCUCUAUCUUUCUAUCUCAUCUAUCCAUCCAAAUAUUUUUCUAAACUAUUUAUUAAGUGCCAUUCUUUGGUAAAGAAGGGUUCCCCAGGGGUGGCAGGGUAUAGCUCAGUGGUAGAGCAUGUGCUUAGCAUGUACGAGGUCCUGGGUUCAAUCCCCAGUACCUCCAUUAAAAAAAUAAAAAAAUAAAUACCUAAUUACUUCAUACACCUCCAAAAAAAGAUAAAAAAUAAAUAUAACUAAAAAAAUUUUUUUAAAUGGGGUUUCCCCUCUACUUUGGGAUAAAUCAUAGAUUCUCUUAAAAAGCUGGAAUACAGGUUUAAUUCUUUUUCCCUAAUUACUAAUUUUUAGAGUGAGGAACUGAUGUAACAGUCACUUGCAAUGGUGGCAGAUGAUUCUCUUUUUCUUCUCCUUUUUUGAACAUCACUAUGGACUCGUGGUCCAAGGGGUAAAAGCAUAUGUAAUUUUGCUGUUUAUUGCCAAGUGCCCGUGGAAUUUGUGCCAUUUUGCACUCUCACCAGCAAUGUAGGAGACAGUCCGUGUUUUUUCCAUAAUCUUGCCAAGAGAGUCUUGUCAAACAUUUGAAUUCUUGGCAUAUGUGAGAACUGGUAUCUUGGUGUAGUUUAAUUUGUAUCUCUUUGCUGAACAAGGUUGAACAUCUUUUUAUGUAUUUUAAGAGCCAUUUGCCUUCCUUUUUUUGUGUGUUCUAUCUAUGUCUUUUACCUAUUUUUCUAAUGAAUUUUUGGUCUUUUUCACCGUAGUAUAAGAGUUCUCUCUCUAUACCAGGGUGAUUAGCUCCUUGUUGCUGUUACAAGUUGGGAGUAUUUUUUUUUCAGUUUAUCAUUAGUCUUUUGACAUGGUAUUUUAUGAUAUGCAGAUAUUCACUUUUAUGAGUUUAUGUACUUUUAUGCACAUCUUUUAAUGGCAUCUGGAUUUUGAGUCAGAGUUAAGAAGUUUUUAUGAUAUGCUAAGAUUUACUAUUAUGUGUACUGCAUUUAUGUACUUUUAUGUACAUCUUUUUAUUGUAUCUAGACUUUUGUGUGUUUUCCCCACACCCAUGUUGUAAAGGGACUCACCUAAGUUUGACUCUAGUACUGGUGCAGCUCCCGCCCUUCUCCCCUCCUCUUUCCUCUCCCUCCUCUUUCCAGUUCUCUCUCUCUCUUUUCUCCAGUUUUCUUUUAACAUUGGGGUCUCUAACAUUUGGAGUUUAUUCUGGCAUAAAUUCUUUUUCCAAUGAUAAUUCUGUUGUUGGGUGCUUUCCUAGUGAUUUGAGAAAUUUGGCCACCUUUAUCAUGUGCCAAAUUUCCAAAAACUUUUGAGUUUUUGAACUUGCUGUUUUGGGAUUUUCUAUUCUGUUGCAUUGCAGUCUGGGUCCAAUGAGGAGAUAGAAACUACCUAGUAGGUUCAACAGGGGAAGUCUAAUAUAAGAAUUACCAACUACAAGAAGAGAUUAAGUAUAAGAUAUAAGACACUCUAUAUGGCACCCAAGAGCUGAGGGGAGAGUACCCAAGGAAGGACAAAUCUGGGGGAUUCAGCCCUCCUUGGAAAAGAUAGUUUGGCCACUAGUUAGUAGAGAUAUCUACUGGUUUAGACAGGCUAGAGUGGUCUGGAGUUGCAGGUGGGGAGCAGGCAGUCAGCAAUGUGUGGUGUGGGGGCGUGCACUGGGAGUCCAGGUGUCCGCAGAGCAUGCAGGUGCCAGAGAUGAGGGUUGCACAAGGAAUGGCUUCUCUGUGACUGCUUGGGCCACAGCCUGGGCAGGUGACUGCAGAAAGGUUCUCUCUAUGCCAAGGCUGCAGGUUUGCAAUGGGACCUCCUUCUGGAUUCAUUUCUGUCACAGACUCCACUGGAUGUUGUCACACCCACCCCGCCAGCCUCUGCCCCUGCCGGGAUCACAGCAGCCUCUUCCCUGCGGUGUCCCUGAAGCACCCUCUACUGAGAAAGCUUACACUGGGCUCACUUUAAAUAUUUAAAGGAAUUCCAUUGUCAUAGAACAUAUACUGAAGAGUGCAUUCAAAGGUGAGAGGCAAUAAAUUGAUUAUUGGCAAAGGUACAUUGGCCUGUCUAUUCCUUUUUUAUUAUUGGCGAUUCAUAGUGUAUUUGAAUAUCUGUUAAUGCUAGUCCUCAUUGAUCUGCUCUUUCAGGGUUUUCUUGGUUAUCCUUGUUUGUUUCUUCAUAAGAACUUUAAAAUGAACUUACCUAGUUCCAGAGAAAGCGUUUUUAUUUAAUCUUCUGUUUUUUAAUUUUUAAAAGAAUUUGUAUUAAUUCUCAUGGUUAACAACAAAAGCAGUAAGGAGGUGAAUGAAGUAGAAAAUGGGUUCCAUGCCUCAGAUUCCCACCCCUCUGAGGUUAACAUUUUCAUGUUAUUUUUCAGGAUGUAUUUCUAGGUCCAUACAAGUGUGUGUGUGUGUGUGUGUGUGUGUGUGUGUGUGUGUGUGUGUGUGUGUGUAAGUGUUUAGUAAAAAUAUGUCAGCCUUUUAAAUAGUUAUGCUUGUACUUGUAACUUAGAAUUGCCUUUUCUUCUCCUUACAGCCAUACCUGGCCAUGACUCUUUGAGAACAUUAUGGUGUUCCUUUGUGCUUCUUCUCACAAGGAGUUUUCCUAGCUGUUACCUGUUCAAGACAUGGAUAUCAAAAACUCACCAUCUAGCCUUAACUCUCCUGUCUCCUUCAACUGCAGUCAACCCGUCCUACCCCUGGAGCCAGGCCCCAUAUAUAUACCGUCCUCCUAUGUAGAGAGCCGCCAUGAAUAUUCGGCCGUGACAUUCUAUAGCCCUGCUGUGAUGAAUUACACUAUUCCCAACAACUCAGAAGUUGGACCUGGUCGACAGACCACAAGCCCGAGUGUGUUGUGGCCAACUCCUGGACACCUCUCUCCUUUAGCCAUCCAUUGCCAGUCGUCACUUCUGUAUACAGAACCUCAAAAGAGUCCUUGGUGUGAAGCAAGAUCACUAGAACACACCCUACCUGUGAACAGAGAGACACUGAAAAGGAAGGCCAGUGGAAGCAGCUGUGCCAGCCCUGUCACUAGUCCAAGUUCAAAGAGGGAUGCUCACUUCUGUGCUGUCUGCAGCGAUUAUGCGUCGGGAUACCACUAUGGAGUCUGGUCGUGUGAAGGAUGUAAGGCCUUUUUUAAAAGAAGCAUUCAAGGACAUAAUGAUUAUAUUUGUCCAGCUACAAACCAGUGUACAAUAGAUAAGAACCGGCGUAAAAGCUGCCAGGCCUGCCGACUUCGGAAGUGCUAUGAAGUCGGAAUGGUGAAGUGCGGCUCCCGGAGAGAAAGGUGUGGGUACCGCCUAGUGCGAAGGCAGAGAAAUUCUGAAGAGCAGCUGCAUUGCCUGAGCAAAGCCAAGAAAAAUGGUGGACAUGUGACACGAGUGAAGGAGCUACUGCUGAGCACCCUGAGCCCCGAGCAGCUGGUGCUCUCGCUCCUCGAGGCCGAGCCGCCCCACGUGUUGGUGAGCCGCCCCAGCACACCCUUCACCGAGGCCUCCAUGAUGAUGUCCCUGACCAAGCUGGCCGACAAGGAACUGGUGCACAUGAUCAGCUGGGCCAAGAAAAUUCCAGGCUUCAUGGAGCUCAGUCUGCAUGACCAAGUGCGGCUCUUGGAGAGCUGCUGGUUGGAGGUGCUAAUGGUGGGGCUGAUGUGGCGCUCCAUCGACCACCCCGGCAAGCUCAUCUUUGCUCCAGACCUCAUUCUGGACAGGGACGAGGGGAAAUGUGUAGAAGGAAUUCUGGAAAUCUUUGACAUGCUCCUGGCAACGACUUCAAGGUUUCGUGAGUUAAAACUCCAGCACAAAGAGUAUCUCUGUGUCAAGGCCAUGGUCCUCCUCAACUCCAGUAUGUACCCUUCAGCUGCCGCAAGCCAGGAGGCUGAGAGCAGCAGGAAGCUGACUCACCUGCUGAACGCUGUGACCGACGCGCUGGUCUGGGUGAUUGCCAAGAGCGGAAUCCCCUCCCAGCAGCAGUCCGUCCGCCUGGCUAACCUCCUGAUGCUCCUUUCUCAUGUCAGACAUGCCAGUAACAGGGGCAUGGAACACCUGCUCAACAUGAAGUGCAAAAACAUGGUCCCCGUCUACGACCUGCUGCUGGAGAUGCUGAACGCCCACACACUUCACAACAGCAAGUCCUUGGUCACAGGGCCAGAGCGCAGCCCAGUGGAACUCAGAAUCCUCCUCGCCGACAAACAAGGAGACGAGGCUACAGAGCAGGAAGUGGAGGCAAAGAAGGCAGCCGCGUGGAGUGACUUAAUUGUAUUUCUAAGAGAGACCACCAGGUUGAAAAAACAAAAACCAAAACAGAAUGAGGUCCAAGCUACUGCCCCGUUAGUAAGUAGUGAGGCUUUGCAGGUUGGUUUUGAUGCCAAAGUGGGUACCAGAUUGGUCCCAGGUGUCCAAGCACCUGUCUGUGCCAGCCCCGUGUGCUCGCCCACACGUGCCCACUGCUCAUCCUCCACAGACACUCCUGCAUGCUUCUCUGGGCGGCUUGUUCCACUGCAUUUGGAUUUAGCCCGCGAACAGGAGGUAACAAUUUUGGUCACUUCUUCUUGGCUGAGGUCUCAGCUGGGUGCACUGGGAAUACAGGUUACUCAGUCCAACCUGAGAGGCCGCGCCUGUGGUCUGGGCCAAGCAGGCAGUUGAGAUGAUAUGGUCUAUGGUUUAAAGGUGGUGUUCUUUUGACUAUUUAGGGCCCUUUCCCCCUUCCAGGUGAGUGUUUCGAAUCUGUUCCCAUUAGCUCCAGAUGUGUCCCUAAGGAUGAGCCCAGUGUGCAGAGUCAGGCUGCUGUUUUUAUGGGUUUUGGGUAAACCCCCGUGUCCACUUUAAAGAUUAGUCACUUCUCUUUAAUAGUGCUUUCUUUUGAAAGUCGUCUUUUGUGAGGGUCUCUAACUGUCCCUCCCCACAAAGUGGUCCACAGGCAAUUUAAAAUUCUCCCAUAGCUAAGCAAGGAUUUGUGUCUUCAAGUUCAGUUUUUAAAAGGAGUUACCUAGGAGGAAUAGGACCUGACAACUGUAAAUGAGAAUUAAAUAGAGUAUUGAAAAAAAACCCCACCCAAGUACAUUUUAUAUAUCAUGGAAAAGUGACCCUCAGCUUUGUCUUAGACUCGUAUGGCAAGAUCCCUUCCCCUCAUUUUGGUCUGUGAGCAAUCGUUUAAUACUAGAAACUUCUUUGUGGAAGAUGAGUGAGUUUUGAGCUAAAUUCCAAAAACAUGAGUGUCUAAUAUGGGAUCAUAUAGACACACUUUAAUAAAAUAAUUAACAUGGACUAUUCUUAAUGCAGAAAACAUUAGAACAGUGUUCACACAGGUUCCUGGGAGCGAGCUGGCAGCCCCAAAAGACGACCGCGCAGGCUGCCUCCGGAGAGCCACACCGUGAGUUUUCACACGUUCCGCCUGCAUUCCCUCUGUCCUCACCACGUCCUCUGGCCUCAGGCCUGUCACGUGCUCACUGUCCACUGGGACUAAAUACAAAAGAUUUGACCCUAAAAUAAUUUUGAAGAGGUUUUUCUUCAAAAACAAUGCGGUAAGAACAGAACAUUGUCAGCUUAAUAACAUUUCUGGAGGGUCUUAACGAUAUUAGAAACAAACAAUGCGAAGUCAGCAAAAGCUCGUUGGUGAGACAGUCUUCAUCUGGAUUACUUCAUGGGCUAACUCAGCUAGAAGGGCAAUUAUUUUUUAUUUCAGUUAAAAAAAAUCAGUUCCCAAUUCUUGGCAGACCUACGUUAUAUAUUCAAAUAUAUAAGCUAAGUGGAAGCAAUUCCAGAAUUUUCUAGCAUGUGAAAACAGUUUGGUUGUUACUUAAAUCUGCUAAGAAACUUGCAUAUAUUGAGUUUUUCAAAUUCAAGGGUGAACCUUCAGUUUUUAGGUCUACUUUGAAACAAAACAUUUUUUAAAGUUUUUGGUGGGGGGAGGUAAUGAGGUUUAUUUUUAAUGGAGGUACUGAGGAUUGAACCCUGGACCUCAUGCAUGCUAGGCACACACUCUACCACUGAGCUAUACGCUCCCCACUAAAACAUUUUUAUUUAAUAAGAUUUAACACAUUUCCUUAAGAUGCUAAAAGUCUUAAAUAUAAUAAAGGUUAUGUGAAGGUAAUUAUAAAAAUACAUUGUUUAUUACCUAAAAAUAACGUUUGUGAAACACUGUGUGCCAGACACAGUGAUAAGUGCCUCGUACAUUCACAUUUAAUGCUCAUAAUAAUUGCUGUUAUCCCAAUUUGCUGGCUAUGGAAACUAGAGAGUCUAAGUAGACUUGCUUAAGGUCACAUAGGGAGUAAAUGACAGAGUUGACCACAGGCAGUUCCAGUGCUGAAGGAAAUCACGCAGUUUAAAAAAACUGAAGAAAAAAUAUUUUUAGGCUGCAGAAUCCAUCAAAUGCCAUCUGACACGCACAGCUACUCUGGUUUAAGUGGGGCUUGGCUUGUGGCACCUGCCUGUCCAAUUUCCAGCACAUCCCUGUAGACAAGAAGCCCAGUCUCAUCUUUCAUACGUGUGUCAGUUAAAGCCCAGAGGGGUAUGUGGACCCGCUCAAGGUCAUAAAACUACUAUGGCAAAGCUUGGACCAGAACUCAGGUCUUCUGCCUGCCUGGCCAGCACUCUUCCUUCCGCAGGACUUACUUUAGGAGUCUGCUGCUCGAGCUGAGUCUCAGCUCAUCAAGGAGAGUUACGGCUGCCUCCUCCUGUACCAUCUGCCUUCAGUUUAGAUGGGGUCUGCAUGAACGUUACCGAAUAGCAGCUGUGACAGGUGGGAAAAAAUAGGAUGAAUUGUAUCAUUCCUCCCCUCUCAUCCUGGGCUCAUAAGCUCAUGGGUGGUCCUUCUGUCACCUCCUCCUGGCUGUUACUGCCUUCCCCAGAUGUAUUGCUGUGAAGUAGUUCCUGGAUACUUACUUGUGUAACAUUCUCGCACCUUUUAGGCAGUGAUGCUUCCCCAUGGAGUCUGGUCUACCACUGUGCAAAAUACAUGCAUUUAUUGUGUUUAUAGCUCUCCAAGUUGCUGGAAUUUUUGCUCCAGUGGCAGCUCUAAGAUGUGCAUCCCCUGCGAUAUUAUUCUUAUAACCCUUUUUGUUGCAUUGGAGUUGAGGGUCUUUUUUCUUUUAAUUGCAAGGGUCCUCUUCACUUGUGGGGCUAGUCAGUGCUAUGUGACGGUGGGCUUCCUUUACAGGAAGGGGGUAGGUCUGCCUAGGCAAGCCCAGAUCAGCUCUUGUGACUGCAGUCUGUACUGGGUGUCUAAAUGCCAUGACUGUUGGUCCUAUAACUUUGCUAUUCAGUGGUCCUGUGUACCUCAGAGCCCGCUGGCUGCCUGUAACUUGUCAUUUUUGUCCGAUGAAUGCUUUGCAUCAUUAAGCAGGCUUUUAAAUUUGGGCCUUUUGACAAAUGAAUGUUUGCUGUUGUGUGAAAGUAGAUUUUGAGAUCUGCUUUCUAUUCUCCAGGUACUACUUUUUCUUUGCUAUAUGCCUUUAAUGUCCAUGGAACUGUUGCAGAAAUAAGUUUAACGUGACAUAAGCUAAAUAAAGUGUUUUUCAUAAUUUUGGUUUUUGUUGGGAGUAUAAACUUACAGUAAUUAGGUGAAGUAGUCUGUGUACCAA